GUCCUUUAAGCCCCAGCGCGACAGAUUGACGUAUGAUGCCGUCUGUUUGUAGUUGGCACGAGAACGCAUAUGCACAUUGGUUAAUGAUUAACGGCUCACAUUUUAAACCUUGACACUUUUUUACUAAUGUAUUACUGAAACAACAAUAGUGCAUUCAACCCUAUAUUUUCCUGGUGAGAUAAAUAGUGUUAGCGCUAUGGCAGCCGUGCGAGCAGCCAAACAGGCGCUCAGGAAAGAGAUAAAGAAGCGAGUGUCUGCUCUGAGUGACGAGGAGAAACUUCGCCAGUCUCAGAUCGUUUCACAAAAGCUGUUCAAACAUCCCCGCUACAGAAGCAGCCAUCGUAUUGCCGUGUUUCUGAGCAUGCACGAUGAAGUUCGCACUGAGGCCAUCCUUCAGCACAUGUUCAGCAACGACAAGGUCUGUUUCAUCCCCAGGUACCAGAGCAACAGCAACCACAUGGACAUGCUGCGGUUGAACAGUGUGGAGGACAUGAAGUCGCUGCCCGUCACCAGCUGGAACAUCCUGCAGCCCGCUGAGAAUGACACGCAGAGAGAGGAAGCUCUCACUACAGGUGGCUUAGACCUGAUCUUGAUGCCCGGACUGGGCUUUGAUAAAAACGGCAGUCGUUUGGGGCGAGGUAAAGGCUUCUACGACUUGUACCUUCAGCGCUGUAUGAGUCAUCCUAAAGGCAAACCCUACACCAUCGCACUGGCCUUUAAAGAGCAGCUGUGUGAACAGGUUCCUGUGGACGAGAGCGACAUACUUAUUGAUGAAGUUCUGUAUGAGGAUGUUUGAACAGGAAGCUUUUAACAAAUGUAUUUACUUCAAACUCAAAAGAGUUUACUUAGUAUGAAUCACCGAAAGCUAGGGCUAAUAUAAAUGGGUAAAGCAGGUUUUCUAUGAAUGCAGCCGGUUGAAAUCCUAUUACUCUUCUCUUUGGUAAGCUGGAAUAAUUAGAUGAUGGAAUGUUUAUAUGCUAUAAAGUGUUAAAAUCUACCUCUGAUUCUAAACAUAAGCAACAAUCCCAUGCAUAAAAGCUCAAGUUAUAGUUUACUGUAGUUCAAUGUGUUAUGAUUUUGUGUUGUUUCAUUGCAUUAUGGUGUGAUUUCAGUAUUGCAAGGUGUCCUAUUUAGCUUUGAGGAGUAUGAAGGUAUACCUGUUUUACUGACAUUAAUAGACUGCAGAGAGACAGAAAGGGGGAUAGAAAACACAAAUAGCAAAAAUGGUCAUUCGCUAACUUUUCUAAAUAACAGUACAUUAAUGUAAAGUUUUGUGCAAUUGGAAACAGACAGUGAUAAUACAGAGGCAGAUUACACAGUUUUGUUUGGAAAAAUAUAAAUACAUUCACUAUAUGCAUUCAAUUUUAAAGUACUGUUGUGGCAUAAAUUUUAGUCUUUGAAUUAAUUUUGCUUAUUAAAAAGCAGAUCAGGACAAUAGUAUGAAGAAUAUGACCGGUUCAGUACAUAAAGUGUCAUGGCUGACUCAGUUAGAAAGAUGUGCUAAUGUAAACACUGUGAUUAUCCUUUUAAACUAGACAAGCCAAAGCAAUAAAAACAGCCAUAAUAGCAAGCAAUUACAAAGCCUUGUGAUUUCUGUAUGUAUCACUUUGCUUCUUAUUGAGUUCUCUAAUCAUAUUUAGAUGUUCAUGAAAGCUGUUCUUUGUUUAUUGCGUGCUGUACACACUGGCCAGAGGCAUUGCUGCUUUUGCAGUAAUUGACUAAACCCUGUAUGUUUUCCCAGCUAAUUAGCAGUUAUUCUAAAUUGUUGUUGUUGCUUUGAUACUCUGUGGAUUCUUUCUUCUUAACCAUUUAUAUUUAUAUAUAGUAACAUUAUCUUCUAUUGGCCCAUGGUAUUGCUGUUAAGUUUUUAGAAAUCUAGUUGUAUAAUUUCUUUUAAAAUCUGAAAUAAUUUAGAUAUAUCACACAGUUUUGAGUCCUUCAUUAUUCUUCUAUAAUGCUUAUCCUGUGUACUGGAUCCUAUCCCAGAAGACUUGGGGCGCAAGGCAGGGAACACCCUGCACAGGGUGCCGAUCACAGGUCUGUGGGAGAAAACCGGUGUAACUGAGUAAAACUCACCAAGUACGUGGAGAACUCCAUUAACACAAACCUGAUGCGUAAAUUGAACCAUCAACCGUGGAGGAUCUGUCCACAUGCCAAGGCACAUCGAGAGAUAAACAGCAGUUUAGUCCAGUUGGGUUGAUGCCCAAUUGUAUCGGAGUAGUUAAAGGUUAAGGAUCUCAAAUUUAGAUGUAGAUAGGGUGUUGGACUCCUGAUCAGCAGUCCAACGCCCUAUCCACCUCUCUUUUCCACCACUCUUUUCCCCCAAAGUUAUAGUUAGGGUCAGGGUAAGAUUUAAGUAUUGACAUAUUAUGUAGCUGAUUUAACAGUUACAUCAGUAGAAGGUCCUCACUGGGAUAAUAAGACAAACAUGGGUGAGUGUGUACAUAAAAGAUGGGUGUAAAUAAGUGAAAGUAGAAAAGAGUUAAAUAAGUGAAAUGUUCCACUAUAUUAUUCUCCAGGGGAAAUAUAACUUGUAUAUGAAUAUCAUUCAUGUUGUAAAUGCUGGAGAAAGUGAGUCAAACACAUAAAGUACAAAAAUAAUUUUGGUAUUGGUAAAAUGUGAAAUGAUUAAUUCUGGCUUUAACGCAACAAGAUUUUUUUUUUUUACUUUGUGUUUAAAGUAAACAGUCAUGUUUGGAUUAUCAGCUAAUUCCUUGUCUGUUGGACUGCUUUUGGAGAACGCUACAAAUGCCAGAAAGAUUGCUGCGUUUUAUGGCUCUUUCUAAUCAGACUUUGCGUUUUAGUGACAGACAGGCUAUGACUUGCCAAACAAAUGACAGCCUUGACAAAAUAGCACAAGAAAUGUGUGUAUGAUUAGUGGGGUGUCACCAGAUCGGGUGUAAAAACUAAGCCAAUGGCUUUGUCCCAAAUAUCACUAAGCCUCCACCAACACUACAUCAGUCCCUCCCUGAUUAGGGCCUGAUUUAUACUUGGGUGUUAAAGCACAUUUGCAUGUCUGCUUUUCAGACCAAUAUUGUUUCAAAAAUAAAUUUCAGUUGUGUAGAGAAUAAUUUUUUCCCUUAUUCCAUUCAGUAUGUUGCUUUGUCUUUAAGUUAGAGAUGGGUUCCCUUUUUGAAAGUGUAAUUUGUUAAAAUCUUGUACUUACUACUGUAGCAUGCUGAUGAAAAACAUUUUCUCCUUUAUGAUACAAUUCUGGAAUAAGACCUGCAGUGGUUUUUCCCAUGUCAUGCAGAACCUUCCUGGAAGUGGAAAAGCACAACAAGGGCUUAGAUUGCAGAAAAACUAAUCAUGCUCAGUUAUAUACAGAUGGUUAGAUUUUGGAGACACCGGGUUCCCAAAUCUACAAUCAGUCCCCACCUGCAUGCAAACAACUUAUCUGUACAGUAAGGCAUGCCAGAAGGCCUAAUUUUAUCUAACCAAAAACAUGAGCCCUUGAUGUUUACUAGAUAAUACUGGCCUAGAACCAGGUUGCAUUAUGAGAUGAAACACAAAAUCGAAUUGCUAAUAUGCACUGUUAAGCAUGGAUGUAUGACGUGUUGGUCUCUAAUUGUGGAACAAUAGUAUUUUGCCAGUACAAAUUUAACAUCCUCAAAUGUUUCUUGAAUUCUUAAAUAAACUUUGUGCUGUUAAAGUUU